UCGUACGACAGUAAUGGAGGCAGUGAGAAAGGCCAAGGAGAGAUUGAGACAGUAUCCCGCUCUAAUAGCCAAAUGUCACGAAUCGGCAUCGAAGUACGCGUCAUGCGUGUUGGCGAAAUCCAACCUGGAGAAGAACGCCUGCGCCGCGGAGUUUGACGAGUUGAAAAGAUGCCUCGUGAAAGCAGCAGUUGCGAGCGGUAACACGAAAUUAUAGAUGUGACCGGACCUUAAAUU